GGUUUUUAUAUGAGUGAAAUUGAACUGGUCCAGCUCAGACUCAUCCGGGCCGAGCCUCUCAACUGCGACACGUGGACGCACUUUUCCAGGAAUCACACGAACGACCUGCUUAUCGAGAAGAGAAAAAUGUCCAAAGGUACUGUGGUUCUGGCGUACAGCGGAGGUCUGGACACCUCCUGUAUCCUGGUGUGGCUGAAGGAACAAGGUUAUGACGUCAUCGCAUAUCUGGCUGAUAUUGGCCAAGAUGAAGACUUUGAGGCUGCUCGGGAAAAGGCGCAGAAACUUGGUGCAAAAAAGGUUUACAUUGAAGACCUUCGGGAAGAAUUUGUACAAGACUUUAUCUGGCCAGCAGUUCAAGCAAAUGCUGUUUACGAGGACCGUUAUUUGUUAGGCACUUCAGUAGCCCGACCUUGCAUUGCCCGGCGCCAGGUGGAAAUUGCCCGUAAAGAGGGUGCAGAAUAUGUCUCUCAUGGUGCCACAGGAAAGGGAAACGACCAAAUUCGGUUUGAACUGACUUGCUACGCUCUCUACCCUGAAGUCAAGAUCAUUGCUCCUUGGAGGAUUCCAGAGUUUUUCAACCGCUUCAAAGGACGAACAGACCUGAUGGAGUUUGCACAGAAACAUGGCAUUCCUGUUCCUGUCACUCCUAAGGCUCCAUGGAGCAUGGACGCCAACCUCAUGCACAUAAGCUAUGAGUCUGGGAUACUUGAGAAUCCAAAGAGCCACGCUCCGGCUGACCUGUACCUGAUGACCAAGAGCCCAGCGGAGUCCCCAGACACCCCCGAUGUUCUUGAAAUUGAGUUUAGAAACGGAGUCCCUGUUAAAGUGAGCAACUUGAAAGACCAAACUUCCAAGAAUUCACCACUGGAGAUCUUCUCUUACCUCAAUCUAAUUGGGGGUAAACACGGCGUGGGGAGGAUUGAUAUAGUGGAGAACCGUUUCAUUGGUAUGAAGUCCAGAGGAAUCUAUGAAACACCAGGAGGUACGAUUCUGCUCAGUGCUCACCUGGACAUCGAGACCUUCACCAUGGACAAAGAGGUUCGCAGAAUCAAACAGGGACUUGGCAUCAGGUUCUCGGAACUUAUGUACAAUGGGUUCUGGUAUAGUCCAGAGUGUGAAUUUGUGCGCCACUGCAUAGCAAAGUCUCAAGAGAAUGUGGAGGGCAAAGUACAGCUGUCUGUCUAUAAGGGCCAUGUCUACAUCCUGGGCCGUGAGUCUCCCAAGUCUCUCUACAACGAGGAGCUGGUCAGCAUGGAUGUACAAGGAGACUAUGAUCCAUGCGACGCGUCAGGGUUCAUCAAAAUCAACGCUGUCAGGCUGAGGGAGCACUGUCGUCUGCAGGGUUUGGCAAACGGCAAGAAGUAACAAAUCUCUCAAAUAUCUGUUCUUGGUGUGGUAGUCGUCUGGUCGGUUCAGGGUAACUUGUGUCUUAGAAGAUCUGAUAUUACUCCAGAGUGUCAAUUAAAUGUAAUAUUUGCUAAAUCUACUGUAUAGUGCCAUUAGAUUUGGUUUUAGAAAGGCCGGUGUCAUGCUCUUACUUCAGACUUUAUCAGACUUUAUCAGGUUUAACAGGUUGCGUAAUAUUUAAAUAUUAUUGUGUGUUAUUGGGUUUGGUGAAACUGUAGAAUUAAUGCUGUAACUUAUCUUAAUUAGUUGAGAUUAUUUUGUUAGAAUAAGAAAAUAUCUCUGUGCUGAUAUUAAAAA